UCGUCACCGGCUUCAGUGUCGAGGAGAGCCUACGAGUGUGGGAGACUUAGGAUACCCCUCCCUAAGAAAACGCUCACUAGGCGCGUGCGCAUGUAGGGCCAACCCUACGGCAAUUUCCUCGCGCCUUUGGCCACAGAGUGGCAUUCAAAGGCCCGGCCGCGGGGCAAGCCGUUUCCAACCUUUCUCUCGAUGCUCCUCGUAGAAUGGCGUCAUGAUGGUUUCACGCUGGGACUGGGCAGACGCUGGCGAAGAGCAAAGUGCUAAGCAUGUAGCCGCGAUGUUGGAUGUCGAUUUGGUGGGGCGGUGUCAUCGACCUCAAAUCUCAACCGACCAAAGAUAGUACGAAGUGUAAGCGAGAAUCGGCACCGUACCCUUAAAAAUUCAGCACUUACAGCAAGACGAGCCGGGCCUUGCCCAGCACCUCAACCCCAAGUCUCGAGUCCGUGUCGCGGGUUUGGCGUCUUGAGUCUUGCACUUGUGCCGAUAAGGACCCGCUUGCAUCUUGGCGAAUGGCGAGGUUGGAUCGCGCAAGAGUGCGAAGGCAGUGGUGCUGAGGACGGCAGAGGCAGUGCUGGCUAGCUGGCUUGUGGUCACCGGAUCACUCCUCGAUGACGUCCAAAGCAGAAGAACACCUGCAUCUUCGAUGUCGCCAAUUGCCUGCAUGCGCACGUGCUUCUGGCACCUCCAAUGGAAAGGGAGCAACGCGGAUGCAUUCGUGAAUGGAUGGAUGCACGGCUGUAAGGCAAAAAAGAAAAGCGAAGCAAAAACCAUUUGUCCAGGCUAUUCCUUCGCGGGUGCGGGAGCGUCGCGCCGCGGGAUCUGUUGCGAACUCUCCUCUGGCGUGCUCUCCGACGUGUUCCGGAAUGUCUGGACGGUUACUUGGCGUAGCGACUCUGCUCGGAAUCGAACCGAGCAGGUUCUGCUGUUCAAACUACAACAGGCUACAACUAGCGCUCGUGCGCUAAACCCCUAGGCUAUCAGUACGGUAAGCGUGGUCGGCCGCGUGCCCUUUUUAAGUGCACCACGCGUCACUUUUCGGACUCCGAAUGUAAGCACUUGCGUCUCGAUGCCUAAGUAGGUCCCGCAAGCUCCAAGAUUCUAAGUUAAGAUGGACUUCCUCUUGGAUUCAAGAGAUGUCAAGAUUGUUCUGGCGGCAAGAAACUCAAGCAAGGGUUGAUGCCGAGAGCGUCGAGGAAGCUUGGGCGACUGCACGUGCUGAGCGUAUCAUACGAAGGCGCAAAACUGCUGACAUGCCGGAGUCGAAGUCAAGAGAAGACCGAGGCAAAGGAGAAGAUGAAUGCUGUCUCACAGGACAGUAUAUGCUCCGUGGGGGAAGCAGAAGGUACGAUGGACAGCAUCAUGAAGAAGUUGAGCUCACUGCGAAAUGGGCCUCCUAAACGUGCUUCCAACGCGAUUCUCGCCUUCGGGCACACUGCUCACACCAUAACGAUCCGUGGCUUGCUGACUCGCACGAGAGGAUCAUCUCAAGCUGCAGCGCGAUACGAUUCCCGCUCACCACCGAAGAACUCACGACUGACUCAGACCCAUCCUGGCUGUAGGCUGCGCGCACGACUCACUAGGCCAAACCCUCAGGAUGGCUCGUGCCGAGCGACACUCACGUGAUUCACGUGACGGCGCCGGCGCCAUGCCGCGAUGACGCAUGCGCCCCAGCGCCUUCUUCUUCGUCUACCAAGCCUUUCUGGUUGCUCACACAUUCACGUGAUUGGGAAGGGUCACUCGUGCGGGGGGGAUAGCAGCACACCCACGAUGGACGAUUCGGCAAGUCACGAGUCAAAAGUGCCGCCAGGAGCUGGACCCGAUACUUGACUCACUGGCUCGUCACUGGCUCGUCGGGGACUGGACGCUGCUGUCCCUUAGUCGUGCGUCUCGUUGAUGCUGAGAGCAAGACCACGACGCAUACAGGACUCGUCUAAAAGGUGCACGUUGAUCCACACCAGCAUCAAAGCUCAAAUGCAACUCACAGCUCGUUUGCGGGAUGCGAGGAUAGCGGAAAGGCCACGCGCCGCGAUCAACGUUCGCCGUCCUCAUCGAUCGCGCUUGCGUGCAUGCACAUACGCUGCUACCACUUUUACUGACGACAGAUGCUCGCCAUGCAAGGGGUCGCGUCGCUCAGCACCACACCGCACCGCACAGCGGCUCAACUUCUAUGCCAAGGGCAGCAAUAGGCCCAGCAAUCGUGAAUCGCUAUGUAUGAUACUCUACAACAUCUCGCUAUGUCUCGACCUUCGGAAAUUCACACCACUACGUCGUUGCUCUUUCCGUAUGAGUCUUUGAACAACCUUGCGGGAUAUUGCGAAACACUCACCAGCUACGAGCCAGCUUCACCAGCUCCUCUUCCGAAGCAUUUGUCUAGCCGAUCACCGCCGCUCACUUUCGUCAGCCAAGCAUCCUUCGACUCGACCGCAUCGACUGUAGGCUUGCUAGGUCAAACGCACCCCGUAUAUACGCCAACGACGUACUAGAGCAAGAGCACACUGCCAACAGAUACCAGCACCCUC